CAGACGGAGGGAGAGGCGGGACGGCCGCCAUGACAGGGCGGAGUCCCUCCCCCCCCCCCUCCCCACCCCCUAAGGAUGAAGGCGGCGGAGAGCGGCAGCGCGAUCCGGGAGCGGGUGCAGGUACUUUGGCUGCGGACUGGUGAUCCCAAGCAAUCUGGAGGGAUGCCGCAUACUGGACCUGGGGAGUGGCUCUGGCCGAGACUGCUAUGCCCUGAGCAAACUGGUGGGACCCUCUGGCCACGUGACUGGAGUGGACAUGACUGACGAACUAAUCCAGGUGGCUCGUAGCUACAUCUCCUACCAUCAGGAGAAAUUUGGAUUCAAGGAUUCGAACACGGAGUUUGUCCAGGGAUACAUCGAGAAGCUGGGAGAAGCUGGCAUCCCGUACGGUGCCUUUGACAUUCUCAUCUCAAACUGUGUCAUCUGCCUCUGCGCUGACAAAAAAGCUGUGUUUCAGGAAGCCUAUCGGGUGCUGAAGGAAGGCGGAGAGAUGUAUUUCAGCGACAUGUACGCUAGCCAACCAGUAGCCGAGGAGCUAAGACAUGAUCCUGUGCUCUGGGGAGAAGGGCUGGGAGGGUCUCUGUACUGGAAGGAUUUAAUCAGUAUGGUGAAGGAACUGGGUUUCAGCACACCGCACCUAGUCACUGCCAGUCACAUUGUGAUCUACAACCCCGAACACCUCAAACAAACUGGAGAUGUGCAAUACGCCUCGGGGACAUAUCGAUUCUUCAAGCUCCCUACAGCCAGGAAUGAUCAGAAAGCCCUGGUUACAUACAAAGGAACUAUCACCGACUUUCCAGAGCAGCUGCUGUUUGAUGCAAUCCACACUUUUAAAAAGGAUGAAGCCGUGGCGGUGGAUGGGGAGCUGGCCACAGUGCUAAAAUCUUCACGCUUUGCCUCUCAUUUUGACGUUCACAGCGCUGAACAUGAGGAAUCGACGGAGGACAACCCUCAGCAGCAAACACUCUGCCAUUUGAACCCCUUCCUGUUGGCAGAUAAAUUGGGAUCGUCCAUCCCGAAGGCCUGUAAAACUCCGAAAGACGGUGCCUGCGAAACGCAGACUGACCAGCCAUGCAGGGGCGAUAUGGCCAAAGGCUGCUGCAACUGAUGCCCUCCCUACCUGCUGUGUCUUGAAGUAACCCAAGUUUUUUUUUGUAGAAACUGUACUUCCAAGCCUCACAGCUAAGCUUACAUUCUGAAAGCCAUCGUAAAUAAAACCAUAAAUUGUUAUCAUUU